AUGGAUGAUGAUGACCAGUCAAUUUUUCAAAGGGUAUUCUGGUGUAUCUAUCAGAAACGAUGUCAUGAUUCUUCUGGCCAAAAGGAAUCAGAAAUUACAGUGGAUACAGAAAAAAUAGUACCUAUAGACAAAUCUUCUUCUACAGUACAACAAAAUUAUGCUUCAUUAACCAAUGCUGAAAAUUUAGAUAACCUUACCAAUAAUAAAACUUCACUGAUUGGAUUUUUAAAAAUUUGCGGCAUUUCUACUGAUUGUUGCCCAAUACAACUGCAUACAAAAACUCCUGACAAUACUGUUCGGUUGAAUUCACCUAGUAAACAAUAUGGUACAAAUUCAUUGGAUGGUACUGUUGAUUCAAUUCAAGAAUCGAAGAAUUUGGAAGCUGUUGUAAAAAAGUCUCCCGUAUCACUUUCUCCAUCAAUCGCUAAUCGUCGACAUUUGACACCUCCUCCACAUUUACUUACUUCUUCAUUCAUGGCGACAAGUCCACCAGUUGAAACUCAGUUGUAUCAUAUUCAACCUAAAGAAUAUGUAUUUAAUCAAGCAUGUAAACCAAUGCCUAGUUCACUUAUGUUACAGAAUAAUAGUUUGGGCACAUUCACACUUACUCCAACACAACUUUUGCACAGUCCACUGAUAUUAAAUACAUCAGCUGAUGUUUUACAUUCUCAUUGUACACCGUGCGAAUCACAAUCUGCACCUUGUAGUCAAACUUUAAUCACAGCACAACCGCUACCUUUAUUAAACUCACCCUAUAAUCAUGUUACCUGUCUUAAUUCAGAUACAGUUACUCAGGAAUUAAAUCAAUCGUCAUGUACUAACACUACUAGUUGUACUGGUGGUAGUACACAAGUCCCGAAAACCUAUCCAGGCAUUGGAUUCACUGCGAGUCGUCGAGCACGAUCCAAAGGUCUUUUAGAAAGUCGUAGAGGAUCACGUACAUCACUAACAUUAUCUUUAUCUCCGUCAAUUGAUUCCCCUACUCCUAGCUAUUCUGUAGGAUCAGCACAGUUUAGUGUAUUUGGUGGCAGUCUUGAUGAAGACCCAUGCACAGCUGAAGUUUUGUCAGAAGAAAAUGAAUCUGGUAAUAAUAUUGAUUCUGUUAAUAAUAUUAAUAACUCGAACAUUUUACAUAAUAAUAGUAUGAAUAGUACUAAUAGUAGUAAACAAGUAAACUCCCGGUGUAAUUAUUCACAAUCGUUGAAUUCUUUUUCACACACUAAAAUUAUAUCAAAACAAGAACAAAAAAAUUUAACGACGACUAUUUCACCAUUAACAUCUUCGUCUAGUACGUGCAAUAAUGGCAUUGUUAAUGCUCAACACAAUAAUUCAAUUAAUGAUGCUCAAAUUGGAUUAAUUAAUAAAGGACAAUAUUUUGUGAAUAAUCGAUGUAAUUACAUGUGUUUUCAUCAUCAUCAUCACCAUCACCAUCAUCGGCAUCAUUUUCAUCAUUUUGCUAUACAUCAUUGUAAAUUAGACACUGGUUUCCCUUGUUCAUUAGGCAAUUUAACAUGUCAACGUAAUCGGGAUUUAGAACAAUUAAUAAAUGCUAGCCUACCAUUAACGUAUGAUCAAUUGAAAAUUAAACUACGUGAUAAUUCUACAGCAUUAUUUCAAGAGUUUUGGGAUAUUCCUAUGAAUCAUGCAGAUAAAAAAGAAUUGCCUAUACCUGGAAUUUGUCAUAAAAAUCGUUAUCAAUCUAUUCUUCCAAACUUCUCAACUCGUGUUAUAUUACCUGUUAUCAACAAUGAUAUAACUUCCAGCUAUAUUAAUGCAAAUUAUAUUAAAGGUUAUAAAAGUCGUCCAAAUGCAUUUAUUGCUACUCAGGGUGUUAUGCCACACACAAUAAAUGAUUUUUGGCGUAUGGUAUGGUAUUCUCGUGCACCGACCAUCGUUAUGAUUACAAAAUUGGUUGAAAAUAAAGAAGUUAAAUGUGAGUUAUAUUUACCCGAUUCUUCCGGUGAGGAGGAUGUAUUAUCAUUUGUGGAAAGUCAAUCAUUUACUACUAGUCCAUUAUUCAAAAGUGAUCCAUGCACACCUGAUUCUGAUGCUAUGAUCAAUAAUAUUAAUACUACUACUAUUACUACUACUACUACUACUACUACUACUACUAAUAAUAAUAAUAAUAAUAAUAAUAAUAAUAAUCCUUUAUCAUCUGUAACUAUUGUUGCAACAAAUGCUACACAAGUUCCAGAUAUUUCAACUAAUCCAUUAUUACAAAGUUUAUCAUCACCAUUCUUCUCACAAUCUUCAACAUCAUCAUAUCAUUGUGAGCAUUCAAAUGAACAGUUUGAUAUUGAUACAACUAAUAUUAGCUCACCUAUUUCAACUGGUUCUAUUAUUACUACUACUGCACCAAUUGGAGGAGUUCUCCGUAGUGGAAUAGAUACAACAAAACAUUUACACGAUAGUGGCAUAGCUAGUGUAGAUGACCAAUCUUCAAUAACAGAUAAUAGUAAUGUAAUAUUUUAUAACAAUAAGUAUAACAAUAACAUAACUGAUAAUCAAAACAGUGGAAAAUCAUCUAAUGAUCGAGGUAUAAACUUUUAUCAAUCUAUAUCAUUGCCUGGUACAAGCAAAACAUUUGGAAAUAUAAGUGUUAGUGUGUUGUCGUUGGAAAGACAUGAUGGAUAUAUAGUACGCCAUCUGCGAUUAACUUGCGGUACAGAAAAUAGAGAAGUUAUUCAUUUCUGGUAUGUUGCGUGGCCUGAUCAUUCAUCUCCUGAAGCUACCGCUUCUGUACGUAGUUUAAUUGAACUUGUACAGGCUGUCGAAGCUUGUCGUAAAAAUGCUAGUUCAUCGUCAAAAGUAAAAUUAACAGAUAAAUCUGAAACCGAUUUAAAAAAUACUGAUGAAGAUGUAAAUUUUACAUUUUGUAAAAAAUUACCAGAUUCUCAAUGUUUUCAUAAUUCAUCCUAUCGUCCUAAACUAGUUCCAUCUUUACAAAAAAUGGAAUUGGAUCAAUUGGAUCAUGAAGAUGCACCAAUUAUUGUACAUUGCAGUGCAGGUCUUGGACGUACUGGUUGCUUUAUUGCUUUAUGUAUAGGUUGUGAACAACUUGAAAAAGAAGGUAUAGUUGAUGUAUUAAAAAUAGUCAGUCGAAUGAGAUUAGAUCGUGGCGGUAUGGUACAAAGUAAUGAACAAUAUGAAUUUAUUCAUCAUGUUCUAGCUGCUUAUCCAUUAAAUAAAAAAACCGUCGAUGUGAAUCAUUCUCAUUUACCUGUGAUGUAAAACAUAGUAGUAGUUAGCUAAUGGUUUAAUUCAACUACACAAUAAAUGUUGUUUAUCAUUCUUCCUAUAUACUUUCAUUUAAUCAAGACAUAUUAUGCACUAAAUUCCUACUGUGUAAAAACUUAAAUUUCCGUGCAUAUACUUAUCCUUUCAGCAUUUAUUGUUAUUUCAUUAGCUAAAUGUUAGCAAUUAUUCAGAGAUUAGAAUUAUAUAUUUAUAUAACAUAUUACUAACUUGUAAAUAUACCUUAUUGAUAGAACAUUAUCAUUAUCAAAGUGGUACAGUAAGAUUAUUGAUUAAUAUUCUAUAAAACUGCUCUAUUCUACUCGUUAUUUACUGUUAUUGGUAAAAUGAAUGACUUCCAUUCAUCAAUAAUUGACCAUUGACGCUGUGUUUGACUUUAUUCAUUCAACUAUUCGAAUUAAAUUAACCAAUCUUAAAUCAAAUGCAAAAUUCCACCCACUCCCUAUCUGUCUAAAUUUGAUUGGCUAAUAUUUGUAUGAAUAGUAAUUAUCUAUAGUGGUUUAUACUUUUUCUAUAACUAAUACUAAUCCUAUUACUACGUAUUAUUCCUAUAUGAAUAGGAAAGCUAAUAAAUACUCUAACCAAAAGUGCACCCGUUAUACACGUUUUUAUGAAUAAAAUUAACAGGAACUAUCUUACCUUUUGCCUCUCAGUUAUCUUAUAUUCAAUGUAAAUCCAGUCAAUUAUUUUUCAUCUAUGAAUGUGUAUAUAGUAUAUAUUAAUCUAUGAGGUUAUUGUAUACACACUUCGCUCUUCUUUUUUUUUUAAAUUUUACGUCUAUAUUAUUCAAAACGUAACGAAUACAAAAUUGUUAUUAUGUAAAGUUUAUUUAUAAAAUUGUUUGUCUUAUUGUCAAAUCAAGAAAUUGAAAAUUUUCUUGCAAGAUAUCUUAGAUUUUCUGUUUAAGAUUUAGCAAUGAAUGUUGCUUUUAUAUUUUGUGAAUAGAAAUUAUUUCAGAUUUUAUGUAUUACUUAUUAUUUAGAAUAUAUAUAUAUACUGCAGUUGAUCAAUGAAUACUAUGAAUACUAAGCUACUCCAUCAGAUUGGUUAAUAAAACUCAUUUGUAUUUGAUAACUUAGUGUUAUUCUCCAAUGUUUUUGAUAAUUGUUGAUUAUUUAUUCUCCCUUGCUGUUCUUCACUCCUCAUUCAUCAAAAAACAUGUUUUUACCCAUUCUUCCCUUCUCCAUGAUUUAAGUAAACCUACACACUUGGUAUGGUAAUUAAAUAGUUACAUAAAUAUCAGUCGGUGUGUAGAGAUAAUGUAAAAAAAGCCAAGCAAUUUGUAGUAACAAAUAAUUUUUUUCUAACAGAAUUUAUCCAUUCGAUUUUCUUCUUUUCUAUUUACACAAAUCCACAUGAUAUAAUUUGUUGUAUUUCGCUACCAGUUAGUUUAAUUCACAUGUUAAUUGAUCGAUUGAAAUACACAAUAUAUCUAUGGGAAAAAUAUGAUGUUUUUUUUUCUUUACAUCUUACGUUUCAUCAUACUGUAAAUAAUGUUUAUUUCCAUUAUUUUACAUUUGUUUGUCAUGGUGUGAGCAAUUAUACAUAUACAUAUACAUAUGCAUAGAUAUAUAUAUUCGUACAUAAAAAUGAGCCAAUUAUUAUUAUUACUGUCCCUGAUAAUAAUAUUUAAUUAUUUCUAUUUUUUAUAUAACUUAUUUUUAAGGAGAAAUUUAUUUGUUAGAAUAAUAGAAAAAACAAGAGUAGUUUUCAUUUUGCAUCUCAUUCAUAGCUGCUGUGUGCUGCGCAUUUGGUUUUAUCUUUUAUUUACUUGUUUUUAUUUUGGCGUUUUUAUUUUUUGCCGGUUUCUCUCCCGUUUUAUUUUACGGUUGUUUUUGUUUUCUUUGUUUCGUAUUCUUUCCCUCUAUUUUCGUGGUUUUGUUUAUAGAAUAAUAAACAAGGAAAAAAGAAAGUGGAAGCACAAUAUAAUGUGUGAAACAAAACAAAAACAUUAGAUUUAUCAUUGAUAUUGAAAUUUGUCUUUCAAUUUAAUCUUAUUUAGUUGUUUUAAUAUAAUCGAUUACUUAAAGGAGGAGGAAGAAGGUGAUAGUCUUUUAUAAUUGUUGUCUAAGUUUCCUUAAGCAGCUUAGAUUUACAAAAAAAAGAGUUCACUCUUCAUGGUGUUUUCAAAUAAGGCUUACUUCUUAUCACGUAUAAAUUAAUCGAAUCAUUUGACCACGAAUAGAAAUGGCUAUAAAGCAAAAACAAACUGUUAGAUUAUGUUUCUUUUAUCAAUCAAGUGUUGGAAAAGUUCGAAAUAAUUUCAUUCUGUGUGAUUAUGAAUAAAUUGUAAAUGUUGUUCAUUUUGUUUUCUUACGUAAUGUAUUACUGAAACACAUAAAAGCAUUCAUAUGACCUACUAAGCUUAGUCGGUUAAACAAUUUUGAUAUUUUCAUAUGUAAAUUGAUGAGUAUAGACGUGUUUAAAUAUUAGACAGCAAAGGUUGUGGGUUGUAAUAAGUUCAGAUGAAGUGCUUCAUUGAACACUGAAGUUCUUGGAAGCAGUUAUUAGUUUGUUUCAGCUGUUUUUAAUCAAAAGUCGUUUUUCUAAAUUGUCCAUCAUUAUUAAAAUUACAGAGUAAAAUUGAUUCAUUUAUUAACAGUGUAAUCACCUAGAUAAUGAUGAGAUAUUUUACGGAUUUAGUUCAGAAAUGAAUAAGCUUAUUAAGAUUUUAAAAAUGAUUGGAGUUAUGUAAAAUUAUCGUAAGAUCGAUUGGAUAUUAUAGAACCUCCACCUAAUAGAUGAUCAAGUUAUAGGACGUAUAGUCAGGCUUCCCAGUAAAUGUACUAAUAAGACUGACGAAACGCGAAGUUAGCUUUUGUUUAUCAUGCAUUAUAGCACAUACUGUUUAAUUAUUUGAAACCAUAACUCGGAUUAUUGAAUGGAAUUAAUUUACCACUUUUUUGUUUGUCUCAAAUCCAUUAGCAAGAUUAAAGCGUCCACUUUAACAGUCAUCCUCAAAUAGUGAUGGUGAUUCGUCCUAUAACUCUAUAGUCAUCUAGUAUUGUUUGUUGAUAAACAUCUAAAGUAUUUGGAUUUAGAGGUUAGUGAAUCUUUUAUAUGAAUAUUACAGACUUUCAUGUCCAGGAUUUAUAUGGAAGAAGAAUUUCACUGGACCUAAUCUGGAUGUCUUUUUGAUUGUGACGAUCAAUAAAAUCCCUUCAAGACUUCUGAAUUCCUCUGAUUAACAGAUAUUUGUCAUGAAAGUCGGAUACUUCUAUAGGCUUAACGUAGUCUAGCAGUGGAAAGACUUUUGCAUCAGUUUCCCUACUUACACCUAUCUAGAAUUAUUAAAGCUGUAUGAAUUAAGUCUCAGGGUAGUCUCUGUGAAAAUCAAAGAAUAGUGCAUCGCGAUUCACUGUUUAUUAGAAAUAAUGCACAAUCUUCAAUUUUAAUCCAUGACAUAGGUUGUUUGAGUCCUCCACUGAUGUUCAGGACUACAAUUGAUCAGUCUCCUUUGGCACGUAUGCUUCCUGCCGGGUCGCCUUGGUUUUUCUAGUAAGUCAAACAUUUUAAGAAAAGAUGGAUGGUGGCUAGCAGUG